CAUCACAUGUGCUGCAGCGCUUUAGUCGUGCGGUGUGCAGACCGAGGGGGCGCAAAAGCUGCAGCAUGGAGGGUCGUGACAGUAAGGAGCCGGAGCAGCUCAGGAAGCUGUUUAUCGGUGGACUCAGUUUUGAGACCACAGAGGACAGUUUGCGUGCUCACUUUGAGCAAUGGGGCAAACUCACAGACUGUGUGGUAAUGAGAGAUCCAGCUAACAAACGCUCACGAGGUUUCGGCUUUGUGACGUAUUCCUGUGUAGCUGAGGUUGAUGCUGCCAUGGCAGCACGGCCACACAAAGUGGACGGUCGUGUCGUUGAGCCCAAACGAGCUGUUUCCCGAGAGGACUCUAAUAGACCUGGAGCGCAUCUGACAGUGAAAAAGAUCUUUGUGGGUGGAAUCAAGGAGGACACAGAGGAGUAUCAUAUCAGAGAGUACUUUGAGCGCUACGGGAAAAUUGAGACUAUCGAUAUAAUGGAGGAACGUCAACUGGGAAAAAAGAGAGGAUUCUGCUUUGUCACCUUUGAUGAUCAUGAUACUGUGGAUAAAAUUGUUGCACAAAAAUAUCACACAAUCAACUCUCAUAACUGUGAAGUACGAAAAGCACUUCCAAAGCAGGAGAUGCAAGCUGUUUCUAAUCAGAGAUAUCGUGGUGGAGGUGGAGGCAAUUUCAUGGGCAGAGGAGGAAACUUUGGAGGUGGCAACUUUGGCCGAGGAGGGUAUGGAGGAAGCCGAGGUGGCUACGGAGGAGAUGGAUACAACGGAUUUGGUGGUAACUAUGGUGGGGGUCCUGGCUAUGGAGGUGGUCGUGGAGGAUACGGUGGAGGCCCUGGAUAUGGAAACCAAGGUGGAGGAGGCUUUGGAGGAUAUGACAACUACAAUGAUGGAGGAAAUUUUGGAGGUAACUUUGGUGGUGGCGGUGGUGGUGGAAGUGGUGGAGGAGGAGGCGGAAAUUACAACGAUUUUGGGAAUUACGGGGGACAACAGUCCAACUACGGCCCCAUGAAGGGAAAUAACUUUGGAGGAAGAAACUCAGGACCUUACGGAGGUGGAUAUGGCUCUGGGGGCGGCGGCGGCGGAGGCUACGGCUCCAGGAGAUAUUAACAGAUUUGUUUGUCUGUGAUCCAGAGUUAGAUGGUGAUGAGGAGAGAUGAGGAAAGAUUACUGAGAAAGAGUGCGAGGGGCCAAGAUCUGCCAGUUAUAGGUCUUACUGCAGCAGAAACAUGCAGCCUUUAACGCUAGACGAGACAGAGUGUAGACAGACACUCCUCUACAACUAGUGUGUGCUAGUGGAUGUACAUUCCUUCACCCGCUUGACUUUUCUUUGUGCUUUUCAACCCCUUGUCAGCAUUUUUGAGAGUGAAACAUAGUAUGAUAUCAAGCACCGUAGUCAGAAUAGUCCUAAAUAUCAUUUAUUGUGAGUAUACACUAUGUUGUGGCCUUAAGUGUGUUAUUUGGAGAAAAAAAAGACUUAUGUUUAUUAUUUUCUGAAUUGAAGACAGUGAUGUCAGUGUCACGUGUAUUUUUAUAUAUUGUGAGUAUGCAGUACAUGUGUUGUUUAUGCUGAGUUACAGAGUAGAUUUUAUCAGAUCUGAGAGCAUGUAAACACGUUAAACCUGUAAAGAGAGAAGUCUAGAUUGUUGAACUAUUUUGACAAUUAAAAAAAACAGCUGAAAUAAAGUUGUGUAGUAACUUGCCUAAUGAAGUUUAGUGCGUCAUUGAGUGUGAAGUCGCGAGUGCCGCGCGUGUUGUUGUGUAUGAGAGUAGUAAGGCCUCCGGGCCUAGACAGACGAACUGGCAACAGGAAGUUUUACGGCUCUCAGACUGGCAGGUCGAUCCCAGCCUCGCAGCCAGUGUGUCUCCAGAAAGCUAGCAUCUGUUUCGGUGAGACUAGCUGUACCCCGUGAGAGCGAGCGAAGGAAGGAAGGCUAGCGCAAAGCCAAUGCUAGCGUGAGACCCGUGCUAUGCUAUGAGGGUUUCAGACAGACAGAAGAAGAGGAAGAGAGAGUCAUAGGAGCAGGUAAGAGUGUAACUCUUCUGCUUAAUUUGCAGAUGGGAAAAGCAGCGCCUGAUCUACAGUAAGUGGCUGAAAGUCUUUUAUGACACGUUUUCAGCGAUGGUUCUGGAUGGGUAAGAUUAAUAUGUGCAAAAUAUAUGUGGAUUUGUUGAAGAUAUCCUCCUGCAGAGAAUCAGAUACCACAAUCAAUUCAAUUAUUGCCCAUAUUAUAUAUAUAUAUAUAAAAUAGAAAAAUAUGAUUUAGUAAUUAUAAUUAGUGAAUAAAUAUGAAUUUAAAAUGAUUUAUAUAUAUGUAUAUAUAUAUAUAUAUAUACACACACACACACACAAUUCAUUAAUUAUAAUUAAUAAAUGAUUUUAUAUACUUUAAUAAGAAAAAUUUUAUUCAUUACUUAUAAUUAGUUAAUAAAUAUGUUUAUAUAUAUAUAUAAAAUACAAAAAUCUAAUUCAUUAAUUAUAAUUAAUGAAUAAAUAUGACUUAAAAAUGAUUUAUAUAUAUAUAUAUAUAUACACACACACACACAAUUCAUUAAUUAUAAUUAAUAAAUGAUUUUAUAUACUUUAAUAAGAAAAAUUUAAUUCAUUACUUAUAAUUAGUUAAUAAAUAUGUUUAUAUAUAUAUAUAUAUAUAUAUAUAUAUACAAAAAAUCUAAUUUAUUAAUUAUAAUUAAUGAAUAAAUAUGACAUAUAUAUAUAUAAUUUAUUAACUAUAAUUAAUACAUAUGACUUGAAAAUUAUUAUAUAUAUAUAGUUCAUUAAUUAUGAUUAAUAAAUGAUUAUAUAUAUAAAAUAGAACAAUAUAGCGCAUUAAUUACAACAAAUUAAUAAAUAUGAUUAAACCUAUGUAAUUAUGUAUCUAUCUAUCUAUAUAUAUAUAUUUAUUUUUUGUUUUGUUAAACUGUUGAUGCAAAUUCUCUGCCUGGACCAAUACGAAGUGUUUAUAUAGAGAGAGAGAAAGAGAGAAGUAUAGUUUAUUAAUUAUAAUAUAUAAAAGUAAUGAAUAAAUAUGAUUUUAUAAAUAUAAUAAAAUUAAAAUUAAAUUUAUUAUAAUAUAUGAUUAAUUGAAUUAAUUAAUUUUAUUGUAUUUCUAUUUAUAUAAAUAGAAAUACAAUAGAAAAAACAAUAUAAAUCAUUAAUUAUAUUUAAUACAUAUACAGUAGUGUAUAUAUAUAUAUAUAUAUAUAUAUAUAUAUAUUAUUCUUAUUAUUAUUUAAUUUUCAUGAUAAUUAAGCAUAUUUUCCCCAGUUCUCAAUAACAUAAUGAAAAAAGUCUAAUUGUCAUUACUGUAAUGUAAAUAAUAUGCAAUUACUUACAUAUUAUAUUGUGCUGCCUUUAUUCUGAUUUUAAUUGCAAUAGGGAUUUUGUAAUGUUUUUAAUUAUAAUAAUACUUUUGAGAUACGGUUACAUUACCAAAACAAAUUCUCUUCACAUUUACCAUUUUCCAGCUAAUUUUAGCAGCCGAAAUCCAGCCAUUUCAAUAGGAAUUCACUCGAUCUGGAAUUUCAGGUGAGAAAGAUUUCAGGUGCGAAAGAUUUCCCUACGCAGAUUUCGCAGUGGAUUCAGGUUGGUCAAGUGACAUCUAUGUGAGCUGUGCUUCAUACAUCUCGAGGCUAAAUACAAUAGAUAUUGAACCCUUUUUGCCUGAGAAAUUUUAAUUAUAAGAAUGCACAAAAUUAUCAACAGUGUAGCAGUGAAUAAAGCAGCGCUUACGCAGAGGUCAAUUCCAGUUCAAGCAGCUUCAUAUUAAUCAACGCACAGAAUUUGCGUGUCAACAGUUUAACAAAAUCAAAUCCGUUGUGCAAUCCACAUGAGGAACACGUCCAACGAGUGAAAUUCCCAAUCAUGCAGAUUCCUAUUGAGAUGACUGAAUUUUGGUGUACAAAGGUAAAUGUGUCAGAAGUACUGCUCAUUUAAUGAUUCAUCAUUGAGAAUAAUGUGAAUUACAAAACUAUGUUAGAAGUAGGGGCGCAUUAUGGUAAUACAAACUUAGAUUUAAGAAUUCAUUUAAUAAGAACUUUCAGAAAUGCCUAGAUUGGCUGGCAGCACACAGCAGAUUGUUGAAAUACGACCCAGACGUGUUUUAGUGAGAUUCAUUCUCUAGCAGAGCUGGUUAAUAAUCUGAAUUAUGUCAUCAGAUUCCAAAAAUUAAGUACUUGUAAUUAGAUUAUAUUACAUUUUAAAAUACUCAUAAUGAGACUACAGUUACUUUUUUAUGGAUUACAUGAUUACAAGGUAUUUACGCAAACGCAAUAAUAAAUGCAUAAUUUAUUGAUUCUCCCUAAUUCCUCUUUUUAAUCUUUUAAAUUUUACUUUCUAAAAUAGCCUACUGCUUGUACACUGCAGAAAGUCUUCCAGAUUUGUAAAUAUUUACACAGAGACCAGUCAUUAGUCAAGUGGAUGGACUCAACAACAUUUAAUUCAAAUGUCCACAUAAUCUUUAUUAUUUGGCCAUUUCUUGAGGACAGAAAUGCUACAGCCACUGCAGUUUCUUGAAUAUGUGGACUUCAAAAGAUGUAAACUCAGAGUGAGGGUUUAAACUUAUAUUUUAAAAUCGCGAUGAACAGUUAGUAUAUUGAGAAAGAUAUUGAUGUAUUCUCCUGUGUUUGCAUAGGUUUAUAAAUGAUGUACCUUACAAAUCUGAUGAAAUAGUGCACGUAGCAUUCCCAGAUGAACAUUAUAAUAAACCCAUACUCACAACAACAUGCAAAGAUGGAGUUUAAGACACUCCACACAUGUAAACGAUAACAGUUUGUGUGGCAGCAUUUACUGUGAAUGGAGCCGCUCUGAGAUGCACAUAUGUAACCUACACGCAUGUAAAUAAACCACCUAUAUUAAUUCUGCAUCACAUAUAUAUUUAUUUAUCUGAAUCAUAGUGUUUGUGAAUUCUAGCAUUAUGCUUUAUGCUUAAUUAUGAUUUUUAAAAAGGUUUAAUAUGUCAAAUGUGCCACUUCCGGUAUUUUGCCGGUUACUCGACAUAGCCCAAAUGCAAUCGAGGAUUUUUAAAAAAAAAUUUUUAUCAAAUAUUUGAGUAGAAUCAGGGAAUCAUUGCAGCCCUAAACCACUGAUUUACAAAAAUCAUUUUAGGUUUAAGAAGUGUUUCAGUAUUUCACCAUUCACAAUUUUUUUGUCAUCUGAUUUCACCUAAUUUGUUUAUUGGAAGUACCCUUGAGAUUUUCAGAUAAUAUUUUAAUAAUUAAAUAUCACAUUUGCAUGUUUAUGUUUCUCUGACAUUAGUUAUGGUCACAUGACAUGCAGGUUAACAAAUAAAAUAUUAAAAUUUUUUUAAGUAAGUGUUUUAUUUUGAUUGAUUUUAAGAUGAUUUAUUAUUAUUUAAAAUAAUUUUAUGUUUUUAUGAUUUUUUUUUUUUU